AUGGAUGGCAACCGCCUGAGCCGUUGCAUCCUCUACAUCAUGUUGAGCUGGAUCUUCUGUGACGAAUGUACCUUUGAAUCGUGCCACCGGGCGACAUUCAGGGCCAUGCCCACGACCACUGUCGAGGCAGAGCAGAUCCAAAGGUUCCUGAAUGAGCACUUCGCCGGCCGAGCCGUGAGCUGGACUCAGGUCUGUCAGCAGAUGGACCAUCUUCGCGAGCUGGUUACGAGUCGUCAGAAUGUGCAGAGCUAUACCCAUCCCUGGACCCGACAUUUCAAUUGGCUGAUGAAUGCGGCCAUUCUCUACGUCGGCGCGGUCGCACAACCCGUCACGAGGGCGUUUUUGCAGCCUCGUGCCCUCCCAGUGAAUGCAAUGCUCCGAUUCCUGUCUCGGCGGUUCCAUGUCCAGCUCACCGUCCAGGACCUCGAGCACCAUAUCACACGAUGGGUAAUUGUGCUCUGCGGCUCUGCUGGAGAGGUGCAAGAGAACCUUCCUCCCACCGCGGCCAGAGUGGAGCAGACCAUGGCCAAGUAUUUGGCGGUACCCUUGUCUCCCUUGGCGCCGAAUAUCUCAACGCAACUAUGUGACCAGUACAGGCAGUUCCACGAAGAGGUGGUGCAGUGGUACCCGCCCCGUGUGUGGGGGAACCGCAUCACUCCCAUGUCUCCAUACGAGACCUGCACAGAUAUUCCUCCCAACCUCGAUGUCUACACGCAGGACCACACGCCCGCUGGGCUCAUUGUGAGACAGUUUGUUCCUGAAGAAAACAAGCGCCAUGACAUGCCGGUCAUCGUCUGGUUCGCUGGAGGAGGAUGGAUGCUCGGAGACGUCGAGGGAGACAACAAUGUCCUCAGUCAUAUUUCGGCCAGGGCUGACUUCUCUAUCGAUUGUGGAUGUCGAAUAUUCAGCGGUGAAUACCGCCGCAAACCGUUUCCCACGCCGCACAAUGACGCCUUGGAGAUAGCGAACUGGGUUCGGCACGAGGUGGGAGAAAGGGAUGUGAUUCUUGCCGGCGUGUCAUCGGGCGGGAAUCUGGCCGCGGCAACCGCAUUGCAAUGGGCUGCGGCAAAAAGGCCUCCGGCGGGGUUGCUCCUCGUUGCUCCCAGCUUGGACAACUCGACGGAAUGCGAGCAAAGAUGGCUGCGAAACUGGGACGCCCCCUGGCUGACUCCCGAGACCAUGCGCUUCUUCCAGGACCGUUGUUUCCAGGGACCCGGCGAAAGGUCGACGGCCAACUGGAGGGCCAGCCCGAUCUACGCCAGCCAGCAGAUGAUAGACGCUGCGCGGGCCUUCCCCACCAAGGUUGUCGCCAUGGGCGGAGACAUCUUGUUUCAAGAAAGUGUAGAUUUCGUGGCCCGCUUGCGGUUGGCGGGCUGUGACACUGCGCUCAGCGUGUUCCCAUACGGCCACACGGGCCUCCUGAUGCAGGGCGUCGUAGGGACCGCCUUGAUCGAAGAGAUGAUCGACUGGAUCAAAAAGCGGGCAAGGCGUUCUCCCACGAACGAAGUUGCGUGA